AUGUCAUUAAGAGCGAUUCAGAGCCUUUAUGGGUCACGGAUUGCUGUGAGAUGUUUCUCACGCUCAGUGGUACAUUGCCAAGAGAUAGGCGGAGCAACCGGAGGAGAAUCCGGUGUCAACACAAACACUAGUCAAGAAUCUAAAAACGACACUGAAUCUGGAAGACCAUUAAUUCCUAAAUCACUUCUUAAAACAGAAAGAGGUGCUGGGCUUAUUAUCCUGGGUGAUUUGGGUACCGGUGUUGUAUCUAACCCACAAUUAGACAGAUUGAGAGUGGUGCCUACCCUUCCAACUUUCUAUGGUGGUAACCCAAUCCAUGAACAAAAUCUUAAUCAUCUUAAUGCGGUGUUGAGAAAAUAUAUAAAUCUUCCAACCACAGUUGUAGACGCAAAGGCUCAAGCGGAAAGAAAGUUUAUCUCUUACGAGGAGUAUAAGGAAAGACUUCAGGCCGGUACUAGAUUAAAGCCUAUUCAUCACAAGGAAUUAACCAGCAUAUUACAUCGUUUGAGAAGUAUCGAACCACAAUUAAUGCCAGUUGAAGUUCUUGAAACUUUGGACGAGUUCACCAAGGCCUCCAAUGUGUUGGCCCAAAAGGCCCAGAAGGCCCCAACUCUUGAUGAAAUGGGGAGAUCUGUCACUGAUGGAAGAAGAAAGACUUCCAAGGCUAGAGUUUUCUUGACCAAGGGUACUGGUGAAGUUAUAGUUAAUGGUAAGCCAUUCAUGGAAUAUUUCCCACGUAUUGACCACCGUUCAAGAAUCAACUACCCAUUCCAAGUUGUUUCCCAAGAAGGUCAAUUCAACAUCUUUGCUGAAGUUGUAGGUGGAGGUAUUUCCGGUCAAUGUGAAGCUGUCAUGUAUGGUGUUGCCAAGGGUUUGGUUGUUCACAAUCCAUUAUUCAAGACAAGAUUGCAUUCCGCUGGACUUAUGACCAGAGACACAAGAAAGGUUGAAAGAAAGAAACCUGGUAAGCUUAAGGCCAGAAAGAUGCCUGCCUGGGUCAAGCGUUAG